AAGAAAGAAAGAAAGAAAGAAAGAACCCCCUCAACUCUUGACCCUGCUGACAUCUCUUUGCCAACCUAUCUCAUUGACUAAUAAUUACUUAUUGUAAUGGGGUUCUUCUAUAUGCCCCUCCUCUGUCCACUGUCCUCCACCCUUUUUAUCUUUUGGGUCUGCGGAAUGGACCCAGUAGGAUCCAGUAUGUCUAUAUGCUAAAAACUUUAUUUAUGGAUAUCAUAUCCAAUUGAUCAAGUCCAGGAUGCGAAGACAUAAAUAACACGUUAAUCAAAUUGAGCCAAAGAGAACAUGAAGAGUUCAAUCACUCUCGACGGCAGUAUGAUUAAAGAGUAAAAAAGGAGAAUAAACCUUGCUUCUUCCUCUUCAUUUGACUUCAAAAAAGAUUCCAGGAAAAAAAGAGGGGAGGAAAAGGGCUAGCAUAGGCUUUUAUAUAUUUUUGACAGGUAGUCCAUCGAUGAUAACAAAACUCCCACUUACACAGAUAGGAUCAUAGGAAUACUCUUUAUUAUGCACAGAUUGCAUACCUCCAAUUCCAAAUUCACAUAUCCGCCUCAUGGUGUGUGUGGCCUUUUCCUUUCUUUUUAAGGAACCCAGGUGCCUCCCUUUUCCCUUUGAAUUUAUCAUUCAUCACCAUCAGAACCUCUUUCAGAUUUUAGAACUGGACAUAAAGAAUCAGAAGAACUAAAACCCAGACCAACACCCCUCUCCUCUCACUCUUAAAUAACUACAGUUUCUGCUGAGAACUCCCCCACAGAUAUCAGAAACAUAGCCUCUCUCUCUCUCUCUCUUUCUCUCUCUCUCUCUCUCUCUCUCAUGCUCAACGGCCCUUUUCUCUCCCACUUUUUUCCCUCUCUAUCAAGUCAUGGAAGAAACAGAAGAGUCCAAUGCUAACAAGAAAUGCACUCCCAAAAGGAGUUUCAGAGGAAGGACCAACCCUCAUGACCAUCAGUUGUUGCAAUACUCAAAUCCUUCCAGGUUCUCUAACCAGAACCAGUACCAGAGCUACCCAGCUCUUCUCCCUCUGCCUCCUCCCAUACCUUUGCAACUAACUGCAACCCCACCUCUGCCUCAAAACCAGAGCUGUAGAUCAAAAACCCAUUUGCAUAAACCUUCAUGGAAGCAGAACAACCCCCCUCGUGCCACCUCCUCCGAUACCCAGGUCUCAGUACUCACAGUAUUACCAGCAUCGGAGGACACCCAGCGGCGAGCCAGUUCCCCCCUUAGAGGAGAAAAUGGAAGGAAGGUCAUGGGUGCCACACAAGCACUGGUGGCUGCAAGAAGACCGGAUUCUGGUGGAGUAGAAGGGCCAGUUAUCUCUCUCUUGGCAAACCAUUUUCUUGUCCAAUUUGAUUCUUUGCAGAGAAUUUUCCAUUAUGAUGUUGAGAUCUCUCCAAAUCCUUCCAAGGAAGUUGCUCGAAUGAUCAAGAGAAAACUAGUAGAGGAGAACUCUGUUGAACUCUCUGGUGCUCUUCCUGCCUUUGAUGGACGAAAGAAUCUCUACAGCCCAGUUGAAUUCCAAAAUGACAGGCUUGAGCUAUUCAUUAGCCUUCCAAUUCCCACUAGCAAGUCAUUGUCCCCCUCAGGAGACUUGCAAGAGAAGCAUCGACAGCUUAAGCUCUUCCGCAUAAACAUCAAGCUUGUGUCCAAAUUUGAUGGAAAGGAAUUGAAUAGCUACUUGAGCAAAGAGGGAGAUGAUUGGAUUCCACUUCCUCAGGAUUAUCUUCAUGCUCUGGAUAUUGUUUUGAGGGAGAGCCCUGCUGAGAAGUGUUUGCCUGUGGGGAGAUCCCUGUACUCGAGCUCAAUGGGAGGGACUAAAGAUAUUGGAGGAGGAGCGGUUGGAUUAAGAGGGUUCUUUCAGAGUCUUAGACCAACCCAACAAGGACUUGCUCUCAAUGUGGAUUUUUCAGUGACUGCUUUCCAUGAGAGCAUUGGAAUAAUACCCUACUUGCAGAAGCGAGUUGAGUUUCUUCGAGACCUUUCCCAAAGGAAGACAAGAGGUUUGACCGGUGAAGAAAGGAAAGAAGUGGAGAAGGUAUUGAAGAAUAUCAGGGUCUUUGUACGUCAUAGAGCGACUGUUCAGAGAUAUCGGGUGCAUAGCUUAACUGAGGAAACUACAGAAAAUCUCUGGUUUGAAGACAGGGAUGGGAAGAUUCUGAGGCUGGUGAAUUACUUCAAGGAUCACUAUGGCUACGAUAUACAGUUCAGGAACUUGCCAUGUUUGCAGAUUAGUAGGAGCAAACCAUGCUAUCUUCCUAUGGAGCUUUGUAUGAUCUGUGAAGGCCAAAAAUUUCUUGGGAAGCUCUCUGAUGAUCAAACUGCAAGAAUACUUAAAAUGGGCUGCCAAAGACCAAGAGAAAGAAAAGCCAUUAUUGAUGGGGUCAUGAGAGGAGCAGUUGGGCCAACAAGUGGCAGCCAGGAAAGAGAAUUCAAACUCCAUGUUUCAAGAGAAAUGACACGAUUGAAUGGAAGAGUUCUUCAACCUCCUAAGCUAAAACUUGGUGAGGGUGGGCAUGUAAGAGAUCUAAUUCCUUCUCGUCAUGACCGGCAAUGGAACCUUUUGGACAGUCAUGUGUUUGAAGGGACUUGCAUAGAAAGGUGGGCACUGAUUAGUUUUGGUGGCACUCCUGAUCAGAAAUCCAAUAUUCCCAGAUUCAUAAUCCAGCUUUCUCAAAGGUGUGAACAAUUGGGCAUCCUUCUUAACAAAAACACUAUCAUGAGCCCCCAGUUUGAACCAAUCCAACUUCUCAACAAUGUCUCCCUUUUGGAAUCCAAACUGAAGAAAAUCCACACAGCUGCAUUGAAUAAUCUCCAGCUCCUUAUAUGCAUAAUGGAGAGAAAGCACAAAGGGUAUGCAGAUUUGAAGCGAAUUGCUGAGACCAGCAUUGGGGUUGUAAGUCAGUGCUGCUUGUACCAAAAUCUUGGCAAGUCGAGUUCACAGUUUCUGGCAAACCUGGCUCUUAAGAUCAAUGCCAAAAUGGGAGGAUGCACUGUUGCCUUGUACAAUUCACUUCCUUCCCAGAUACCACGGCUGCUUCGGCCUGAUGAGCCAGUCAUCUUUAUGGGUGCUGAUGUGACUCAUCCUCAUCCUCUUGAUGAUUUCAGCCCCUCCAUUGCUGCUGUGGUUGGGAGCAUGAACUGGCCAGCAGCUAACAAGUAUGUUUCAAGAAUGAGGUCCCAGACCCAUCGUCAAGAAAUCAUCCAGGAUCUUGGUGCCAUGGUUGGAGAAAUACUGGAUGAUUUUUAUCAGCAAGUAUCCAAACUCCCCAAGAGGAUCAUUUUUUUCAGGGAUGGAGUGAGCGAAACCCAGUUCUAUAAGGUGCUCCAAGAGGAGUUGCAAGCUAUAAGAGUGGCUUGUUGUAGAUUUCCCAGUUACAGACCUCCCAUUACUUUUGCAGUGGUGCAGAAGAGGCACCACACGAGGUUGUUUCGGAAUGAAAGCAACCACCCAUCUUCCACAGGAAACCAGUUGUUGGAGGAGAACAUUCCCCCAGGGACAGUUGUGGAUGCUGUGAUUACACACCCAAGGGAAUUUGAUUUCUAUCUUUGUAGCCAUUGGGGGGUGAAGGGAACAAGCCGACCAACCCACUACCAUAUAUUGUGGGAUGAAAACCAUUUCACUUCUGAUGAAGUACAGAAGCUGGUUUACAGUCUAUGCUACACAUUUGUGAGAUGUACAAAGCCUGUGUCGUUGGUCCCACCGGCUUACUAUGCCCACCUGGCUGCAUACAGAGGCAGACUCUACCUCGAGCGAUCAGAAUUCACUACAUUUACAAGUAGUACUUGUGCACUCUCCCGAGCUGCCCCUCCUAAGACUACUCCUCUACCCAAACUCAGCGAGAAUGUUAAGAAACUAAUGUUCUAUUGCUGAUAUGCUUUUUCAUGAAUUCUUGAAUUCUUGAAUUACACCACAUGGAUGGAUGUAAUAUAAUCUUAUAUGUUACAUUCAAAUUUAAGCAAAUUAAUUGCAAAAGAUUCUCAUA